UAGUAAGACCUUAACUCAUUUAAAAUUUUUUUGUAUUACAACUACAUAUUCACAAAAUUUUUAUCAUUUCUAAGCAUCCAUAAAAAAAUACUGCUACAUCUAUUUACCAUUGAGCUAUGGCGUUAUUAUCGCUAAACUUCCAUUAUAAAUACAGAUUUCGAGCUCGUUACUAUAGAACCAAAUUAACCAUGGAAGGAUCACAGCUAUCUCGAUUCAUGAUCUGUUCAACAUUAGUUAUGGUGUCGAUGGUGUCAUACGUGACGGUCGUUGAAACGACGUCGUUUAAUAAUGUUGAGCAAGGAGAAGUAAUUGGGUAUGGGUAUGAAGUUAAGUAUGCCAAAGUUGACACUAAAGGAAGGACAUUGUUUGCCUUAUUGCAGCUUAUUCGGAAUUCCUCUGUUUAUGGCUCUGAUAUUCAGCUUCUUAAUUUUACUGCCAGCUUGGAGGAAGACGAUCGCCUGAGAAUCCGAAUCACUGAUGCCGACCGCCCUCGAUGGGAAAUUCCCAACAACGUCCUCCCUCGAAAACCACCACCAAAACCACCAACCUCCCACCAACACCAUUGGGACCCACAUUCAAAAACCAAAUUCAAAUCAAUCAUACUCACACGCCCUCAAUCUGACCUCAUUUUCACUCUUUUUACCACCACUCCUUUUGGCUUCUCCAUCACUCGCAAAUCCACCAAUGACCUCCUCUUCGACACCCGACCCGAUCCGUCUAACCCCACCACCUUCCUUAUCUUCAAGGAUCAAUACCUCCACCUCUCCUCCUCCCUUCCGGGCCAUCGGGCUCACCUCUAUGGGCUUGGAGAGCACACCAAGCCCACCUUCCAACUGGCCCAUAACCAGUCCUUUACGCUUUGGAAUGCCGACAUUAGUAGCGCAGCUAAGGAUGUUAACUUGUAUGGGUCCCACCCAUUUUACAUGGAUGUACGGUCCUCGCCGGUGGUAGGGUCCACUCAUGGAGUAUUGCUGUUGAAUAGUAAUGGAAUGGAUGUUGAGUAUACAGGUGAUCGAAUUACAUACAGGGUUAUUGGUGGUAUUAUUGAUCUUUAUGUAUUUGGUGGGCCCACGCCUGUGGCGGUUAUCGAUCAGUAUACUCAGCUCAUUGGCCGUCCAACUAUGAUGCCUUAUUGGGCUUUUGGUUUUCAUCAAUGUCGUUUUGGUUAUCAUGAUAUAAAUGAAGUAGAAACGGUGGUGGAUAGAUAUGCAGAAGCUAAAAUCCCUUUGGAAGUAAUGUGGACUGAUAUUGAUUAUAUGGAUGCAUAUAAGGAUUUCACUCUUGAUCCUCUUAAUUUUCCUCUUGAAAAAGUGCAGCAUUUUGUUACAAAACUUCACACUAAUGGACAGAAAUAUGUAAUCAUCAUUGAUCCUGGUAUAAGUACAACCAAUUCAUAUGGAACUCUCAUUAGAGGAAUGCAAUCUGAUAUCUUCAUCAAGCGCGAUGGCAUACCAUACCUAGGUUCCAGUUGGCCAGGACCUGUGUACUUCCCCGACUUCCUAAAACCCGCUACGCAAACCUUUUGGACUGAUGAGAUCAAAAGAUUUCGAGAUCUUUUGCCCUUUGAUGGCUUAUGGAUCGACAUGAACGAAGUAUCAAACUCUAUAACAUCAGAACCGACAUCAGGAUCAUCCCUCGACAACCCACCUUACAAGAUCAAUGAUUCAGGGGAUCAUAGACCUUUUCUGGCAAGAACAAUGCCUGCAACAGCUUUGCAUUAUGGAAAUAUAACAGAAUACAAUGUUCAUAACAUGUAUGGAUACCUUGAAUCUAGGGCUACCCAUGAUGCACUUGUUUCAGUCACAAAAGAAAGGCCAUUUGUACUUACUAGGUCUACAUUUGUUGGGUCUGGGAGGUAUGCUGCACAUUGGACUGGUGAUAAUGCUGCAGAAUGGAUUGAUUUAGAGUAUUCUAUUCCUGCUAUAUUGAACUUUGGACUGUUUGGAAUCCCUAUGGUUGGUGCUGAUAUUUGUGGGUUUGGUGAGGACACAACAGAGGAGCUUUGUCGUCGAUGGAUACAGUUGGGUGCAUUCUAUCCCUUCUCAAGAGACCAUUCAGAAAAGUCUACAAUUCAUCAAGAACUCUAUUUAUGGGAAUCAGUAGCUGCAUCAGCAAGAAAAGUGCUCGGCCUUCGUUACAAACUUCUUCCUUACUUCUACACAUUAAUGUACGAGUCGAAUCUGCGAGGAACCCCGAUUGCACGACCCUUGUUCUUUACAUUCCCGGAAGACACCACAACUUACGGAAUCAGCUCACAAUUUGUUAUAGGCAAAGGACUGAUGGUUUCACCUGUUCUGAACCCUGGUGAAGUAUCUAUCAAUGCAUACUUCCCUCAAGGAAAGUGGUUCGACAUGUUUAAUUACUCCAAUUCAGUGAUAUCUAGAGGAGCUUAUGUUACUCUUGAUGCACCCCCUGAUCAUAUCAAUGUUCACAUCCUUGAAGGUAAUAUUUUGGCAAUGCAUGGAGAAGCCAUGACAACAAAAUCAGCAAGAAACACACCAUACCAUCUGCUAAUAGUAAUGAGCAGUAAUGGUACUUCUACCGGUGAACUUUUCUUAGAUGACGGCGUUCAGAUCCAGACUAAAACAUGGACAAUGGUCAAAUUUUCAGCAAGUUUCAAGUCAAAGAGUUUAAUAAUAUCAUGGACGGUCGAAAAUGGAACAUUUGCUCUGAAUCAGAAAUGGACUAUUAAUAAAAUAACCAUUUUAGGACUAACAAAAACAGUGAAAAAAAUAAAGGGUCAUACAGUUCAAGGACAUGUUGGGAGAUCAUCAAGUAUAAAGGUUCACACAAAGGGAAUCAGUUCAAUAUUUGACUAUCAAAGGAAGUUUAUUGUAUCAGAAAUUUCCAAUUUGAAGCUACCUAUUGGACGACCAUUUAACUUGGAGGUCAAGUUUUGAAGGAGUGACACUGCAGUUAUUUACUCUCUCCGUUUCUUAAUGAUGUUUUUAUUUUUCAGUUUGAAUUUGUUUUGUUUGUUGUUCUCCUAAAAAGUUCUUAUAUUUAUAUCACAAAAUUUAAACAUAAUUCUAAUAUUUUAUUAAUAUUUAUUGUCCUCGCAUAUUUUCCAC